AUGAUGGCAUUGGCGAUGGAAAAGAAGAAUGCUGCAAAGACUGUUGAAUCAAGCCCACGAAGCUUUAGUGUGAAUCAUUUGUGUUCCGAUGCCAGUGUUCCUCACAAUGGUGUGUGCCAAUUGUACCUCAAUCUAGUUGCGGAUGGUCGAACCUAUCUGAGAGUUCACAAAGAUGAUGAUCAUGUUGAUGGCGAAUGGUGUUUGGUACCCAGAGUUUACAUUGACCAAAUGGCUUUGAAAGAUCCAUUGAUCACUAAAUGA